AUGGCAGACAGAUAUUCCUUCUCCCUCACUACAUUCUCGCCCAGCGGCAAGCUGGUACAAAUCGAGUAUGCCUUGAACGCUGUCAACCAAGGCAUUACCGCCCUAGGAAUCAAAGCUACGAACGGCAUUGUCCUCGCGACCGAGAAGAAGUCCUCCUCUCCCCUCGCCGAUCAGAGCUCGCUUUCCAAGAUCAGCAACAUUACGCCCAACAUUGGCACAGUAUACUCUGGCAUGGGCCCCGACUACAGAGUGCUGGUUGACCGCGCACGCAAAGUUUCGCACACCGGAUACAAGAGAAUCUAUAACGAGUACCCUCCCACGCGCAUAUUGGUUCAGGAUGUUGCUCGCGUCAUGCAGGAAGCUACCCAGUCUGCCGGUGUUCGGCCGUAUGGCGUCAGCAUGCUGAUUGCUGGCUGGGACGAUGGCAUCGAGCCCGAGGAUGCCGAGGAGGUCAAGUCCGAUGACGGCGAGAAGAAGGCCAACAAGAAGACGGGAGGUAUUCUCAAGGGCGGUCCGAUGCUAUACCAGGUCGACCCUACAGGCAGUUAUUUCCCGUGGAAGGCGACGGCCAUCGGCAAGAGCGCGACCAAGGCUAAGACGUUCCUGGAGAAGAGAUACUCGGAAGAGUUGGAGCUUGAAGACGCCAUUCAUAUUGCGCUUUUGACUCUCAAGGAUAAUAUUGAGGGUGAAAUGAAUGGCGACUCUAUUGAAAUAGGCAUCGUCGGCCCUCCUGCCGACCAUCUGCUAGGUCUCGAGGGUGUCGAGGGCGCCACUGGCCCUCGAUUCCGCAAGUUGACACCGCAAGAAAUCGAGGAUUACCUGACGAGUCUAUAA